CCACUUGUGUGCUCAGCUGCACAGUGCAUCUGUCAUUAAUUGCAGGGCAUCUGCAUCGAUAUCAAGAUGAGAUCACUGUUGUCACCCGUUUGCCAUCUAUUUGCAGUGAAUUACAAUCUUCAGUUUCUUGUAUCCAGACUUCAUGGGAAUGCAGGAAGAAUCCAGUGACACAGGGUCACAUUAUAUCAUCCAGCCAGGUCCUGAAGUGCUCUCACCCGGAUGCAAGGAACUGACGCAGGCAGUGAGGAUCCAACAGCGCUCUUUGGAGCAGAAACUUCAAAAUUGCCUAGAUGAGCUGCGCAGAAUCUGCUUGCGGGAGGCUGAGCUGACUGGUGUUCUAUCGAAAGAAUAUCCCCUCAAAAAGGGCGAAACGCCCCCUAAGGUCCGAAGAAGGGUGGGGGCUUUGUUUUCAUUGGAUGAAAGAACAAUUCAGUUUCGUGGGGAGGAUCCUCUCAGCAACUUGGAGAGAGACCUGGCACUGCAGCGACAAAUCACAGAAGCUGCACGGCGUCUUUACCUGGAAGAUUCUCUUGCCAAACCAAUCAGACGUCAGAGAAAGGAGGCGCUGAGGGCUGCUGAGCGGAAACUCAUUGCACUAGAGGAAAGACUAAAUCAAGAGCGCAGCCAUGGGGGGAGCAUAAGACUUGAAGAUAGCAGUGUGUCUGAAUCCAGCUCCUUGUCUGAUGUCACAGUUCCUGAAGAAGAUGAUGCCCAGCGAGUUGGCCCUACAGUAUCCCACUCGGUUACCCGUCCUCUCCCCCCUCAGACGCUAGAGGGAUUACGUCCACUGUGGUAUGAGAGUGACACUGAAAAAUCUCCCCUUCGAAACAGUCCUUGGAAGGAAUCCAGCUUGGACCUGCCUUAUGAGAAGAAAGGAACGCGGAAAUCACGGAGCCAAAGCAGUAGUCCUGCUGUCACGCCAUUACAAAGUCCCCAAGAAACCCCAGCAGUAAACGGCCAUGUUAAUUUUAGUCCUGCACUGAAUAUUGUGACCCUGUCAAUACAAAGCAGCCCUGAAAGUGCUAACAGGAAGGGGAUUUCACAUUCAGUAAGGGUCCAGAGUACUCAGGAUCUAGCAGAACCCAGAGGACGCCCUCUCUGCCGUAGGGCAACCAGCUUCAAUGCCACCUCCAAUUCAGUGUUGACUCUUUCUCUCUCUAAUCCUAUGUACAACUCAUCUAACAUGCUAGACUGCAAUGACAAUAUCCCUGAGUCACUCUGCCUUCCUCCCUCCUACAAGUUAGCCUUCUGCCCUGUUCCUACACAUGGGGCUGUUCCUACACAUGGGGAAGUGUAUAGAGUUGUCCACACACCAUUACCCAUGGAGCAUUCAAGAAGGUCAGGGCCCUCUAGGUCAGCGGUAACAGAGGAGCUUCAGUCCUGGCAUGUUAGGGCCCGGAUGAAAGGAACAGAAGGUCUGAGGCCAAGGUCACUUGAUAGACAAGGAGCGAUAAAGCUGCGCAGUGGAGCAUCCUGGAGUCAACUGUCCCGUUCACAGACACAGAGGUUACAGAUACCCUCCAGGCAAGUUCUGCGAAGGACAGCAGAGGGCACCCCCAUGCAGUGGUACGACCCAGAGGAGGCUCAGAUCAUCAGCCAGGUGUAGGAACACCAGAACUUUGCAAAACUGGGAAGAAGCCAACACGUUCAAGUGCACAUGAAUAUUCUACCUCUAGCUUGUCUGUGAUCCUAAUAGGGACACUGUGCUGUAAAUUGUAAAACAAAAUUAUCCUUAAUGUGUUUCAAAUAAUUUGUAAUAUUAGCUGCAGAGUAUCAAAUGUAUGGGAAAUGGCUCUUAAGUUUAUUUUUGUAUAUGAAAUAGCAGUUUUACUCAGUGAACUACAACACAUUUAAAUGAUCUGAGUUUGCAGGGAGAGGAGACCUGCUUGCCUUUAUCUUUAUGAACAAAAUCCUCAUUAUCGUAUCUCUGUCUCUGUAAAUAGAUAAUUAGAGAUAAAUUGAAACUUAGCAUUUUUAGUACCAAUCUCCCCUCCAACUUGGAGGAUGGUUACAGCUGCCGGCCCUUGUUUACAUAACCUUUCUAUAUAGAAUACAGGUAUACCCCGCUCAUACAGCGGGUUAGGGACCGGAGCCCCGCUGUAAAGUGAAAACCGCCUUAAAGUGAAUCAAGGCAGUUUUUGCUUUCUUUUCACUUGCCAGUGUGUUUAAAACUAACAUGUAUUAGGGGUGCAAUAGUGCUACAUUUAGUUUAACACUAGCACAGCACAGUAUUCAAUUAGUAUUCAAUGAAUACUGUACCUGUAAAAUAGUGACAAUUACUGUAGUACAAUAUGCCAGACUAUAACACUGAGACACAGAUUGCACUGUAAUGCUGUAAACAGAGUGAACUAAGCAUAACAAAAUGGUGCCAGACACGUUCCUCGCAAUCUCAUGAUUACAGCACUGUUUCAAAAUCCUUGGAGGUUGAACUUCAAUGCCACAAAGCACUGUAUUAGCGAAACGCUGUAAAGUGAAGCGCUGUAAAGUGAGGUAUACCUGUACUGCAAUAUUCAUAUUUUCAGUACAGGUGAUAGUUUCAACAGGUAACAGCAGCUAUUUCAAAUGACAAAUUAAAAGGUAAAUGAGUUGGUUGAAAACCACUUAAUACACUCUAGCAGGUUAAAUUGAUUAUUGGGUACAGAUUAAAGGGGGGCAACAAUUAACGGAACAGUAUCCCUUUAAUCUAGAAAAAAAACUUACCAAAGAUUCUCCAAAGUCAGCAAUGACAUCUUUCUGGUUUUCUGCAGAUACAAUCAGUGUAUAAUGUCAUUUAUAAAUGUCCUGUCUGUCUAGUGUCACAUUUUUAGUCUUCCUGUCUGUAUCAAGUUUAUUUUUCUCUCUCUCUCUCUGCUGGGCAGAGAAAUAUGUUUUCUUUUUUAUUCCCUACCCAGCUGGAUGGACCUGCAGUGAAUUGCAGUGCAAUGUAACUGAAACAGAUACUGGGGGUGUAGGUUAAAUUAAAUAUAUAUAUAUAUUGGCUGUUGCUGACAGUCUUUAAUAAACUCGUUAAAGGUUUA